GUGAGGUAAGAGCUGCCGCGCCAUAGUGGAUUGUGGGACAUCGUGCCAUAUUGCGACUCGACUAAAAUGGACGCGGGGUUUUUCCGCGGCACCAGUGCGGAGCAGGAUAACCGCUUCAGCAACAAACACAAGAAGCUGUUGAAGCAGCUGAAGUUUGCAGAAUGCCUGGAAAAGAAGGUGGAUAUGACCAAGGUCAACCUGGAAGUCAUCAAGCCCUGGAUUACCCAGCGUGUGACUGAGAUCCUUGGUUUUGAGGAUGAUGUCGUCAUCGAGUUUGUCUUCAACCAGCUUGAGGAAAAGAAUCCAGAUGGGAAGAUGAUGCAGAUUAAUUUGACCGGGUUCCUGAAUGGGAAGAACGCUCGGGAGUUCAUGAAGGACCUCUGGCCGCUGUUGCUGAGUGCUCAGGAGAACAUCGCUGGUAUUCCAUCAGCCUUCCUGGAGCAGAAGAAAGAGGAAAUCAAACAAAGACAGAUUGAGCAGGAGAAGAUAGCCUCUCUGAAAAAGAUAGAUGAUGAGAAAAGAGAGAAGGAGAACAAGGAAAGAGCUCAGUCCAAGAGCCCUAAAAGGAGGAAAUCACGCUCUCCUGUUAAACGUGACCGUAAAGCUAGUCCUUUGCGUUCUCCUCGUCGAAAACCGAGCCCACCUGCUUCGCCGCCUUCUAGUCCACCCAAUCAAAAAGAACUUAAUGAAGAACCAGACCAAUCAGAGAGCUCCAAACCAGAACCACUUAUUCAGGAGGCAUCCUCUACCAGUGAAAUUGUGAGUGAGAUGAAGCCAGACUCUGUGUCUGAAGCUGUGAAAGAGGCGUCCCCAGACAAAACGUCCAAAUCAGAAGACAGGCCUAAACCAAGGGACAGAGAGAAGGACGGUCGCAGAGAUCGCCCGCGUCACCGCUCUCGUUCCCGAUCACCUCGCUCUCGCAGACGACCACGAUCUCGGUCCAGGUCAUUCUCUCCUCGUCGUAGAUCGAGUCCCAGGAGACGAAUCUCCCCUAGACGCAGGAGCCCCCCUAGACGACGCCCACCCUCCAGACAUAGACGCAGCCGUUCACCUGUCCGCAGGAGGCGCUCUCGUUCCCGAUCCUCCUCAGCCAGCUCCUCCUCUCGGUCCCCCAAUAAGAGAGCCGGUAAACGCGGGUCAGGUACACCACCCAGAAAACUUCUACGUCGUUCUGACCCCUCAAGUCCCCCCAGAAGAAGAGGCCGGAGUCCCUCAGGACCAGACACCAGCCCCUCCGCUGCGAAACUCAGGACUGUUGGAAGGAACAACUCUCGUUCUCUUUCUCCAAAACCCAGAAGAUCAGAUGCAUCAGAGUCUGAGGAGGAGAAAUUGGGCAAAGGGUCUACGGCAGAUUCUGUCCAGCAGCGACGUCAGUAUCGCAGACAGAAUCAGCAGUCCUCUUCAGACACUGGGUCAUCCUCUUCCUCUGAAGAUGAAGGCCCGAGGCGGCAGAACAGAGGUGCAGCUGCUAGGAAUGGUGAAAUCAGGAGGCGACGGAGCCAUUCACCUGCAUCACCAAGGAGACGUCACAGAGGUGCAUCCCCAAGAAAGAGGCGCUCUCCGUCCCCUGCUGGCCGUAGGCAUCGCUCUCCAUCUCCUGCUCGUCGACGUAGGUCACCCUCUCCUCCAAGGCGCAGAUCACCAUCCCCACCUCCCAGGCGCUACUCCCCUCCUAUACAGCGUCGCUAUAGCCCCUCCCCUCUUCCAGCUCAAAAGAGACGCCCAUCUGGGUCUCCUCCUCCCAAACGCAGAGGAUCUCCUUCUCCGGUGUCCAAGCGCAGAGGAUCUCCUUCUCCUGUGUCCAAGCGCAGAGGAUCUCCUUCACCUGUGUCCAAGCGCAGAGUUUCUCCCUCGCCCAUGCCCAAGCGCAGAGGAUCCCCGUCACCAUUGCCCAAGCGCAGAGGAUCUCCCUCUCCUGUGUCCAAGCGCAGAGGGUCCCCCUCACCAGUUUCUAAGCGCAGAGCAUCUCCCUCGCCCUUAGCCAAGCGCAGAGGAUCUCCCUCACCCUUAGCCAAUCGCAGAGGAUCACCCUCACCAGUGUCGAAGCGCAGAGCAUCCCCAUCGCCAUUGUCCAAGCGUAGACCAUCCCCCUCACCAGUGUCUAAACGCAGAGGGUCACCUUCACCUGUGGGCAAGCGUAGAGGGUCUCCCUCACCUGUAGUCAAACGUCGCUCCUCUCGUUCCCCCAAACAGAGUCGUGGCAGUAGCCCAGGAAAGAGGCGCACUCCGCCCUCUUCUGCUUCACCACCACCCCGCCAUCGUAGAGGUUCUCCAAAUACCUCUGCACCCCAACGUGGCAGGGACACCCGUUCCUCUCCCUCUACCCAUGCUCCUCGAAUGUCUUCCAGUCCUCAGGCUCGAUAUGCUCCCUCUGGUUCAUCCCCACAGCGACCAAGACGUCAGACAUCCCCGUCUCAUAGCACUAGACCUAUUCGAAGAGUUUCCCGCACACCAGAACCACGCAAACCCCAGCGAGAUUCUCUGAGUCCCCAGCUAGUAAGGAGGCAGGUUUCUCGUUCACCAUCUGCUUCUCCUUCGGCAGCACACAAGAGACCUGCUUCAGUUUCUCCCUGUCGCUCUGCUAGUCACUCCCCUCCUCCACCUGCAAAGAAGAACAGCAGUGGCUCCCCAAGCCCAUCACCUAACAAGAACUCCGAUGUAGAGGCUGGCAAGAAGAAGAAAAAGAAGAAAGAGAAGAAACACAAAAAAGAGAAAAAACACAAGAAGCAUAAGAAACAGAAGAAAGAGAAGAGCGGAGAAGAGAAAAGUGAAGCAGCCACAGUAGGACAAGGACAGGAGCCAGAACCUGAUUCAGACCAGAAAAAGGAAUCAGAAAGCGAAGUAGAAGACCGUUUCGAUGAUCUGGAGAAGCACCUUCGUGAAAAAGCUCUUCGAUCCAUGAGGAAGGCCCAAUUGUCUCCAUCUUCUCAGUGAUGAUUGGCGCCACCUCACCAUUCUUUCUCCUCCACUUUGCAUUUUAAGUGUUUGAUGUUGGUUCAGCUUUAGAAUGUACAAAUUGUUCUAAUUCACCCUAGAAUUUGUUUUUGAUGAAUUCAUUCUUGUUGGCACGUUAUUGUGGGGAGUUUUACGAUGUAGAAAUGAUUGAGCAGGUUUGUCCCCUUCUACACCCUUGAAUACUGUCAACAACUGUUUAUCCAGAAACUAACUUUUUUAGUCCCUAACCCCUCAUUAUUCGUCUUUUGUUUUUACUGCUGUGAUGAAACGCAAGGAAAGCUCAUUGGCAGUUUUGAGUUAAUAUUGUACAAGUUAGCCUAUGGAUUCUCUCUUAACUUCAGCAAGAUUUUUUUAUGAGGCUUCUGUUUGCAUGGACAGCAGACCCCAGUGUGUUUGUCCUCUUGUGUGCAAGAUCUCUAAACCAAAACACCCAGUGAGCUAUAAGAGCUGACCCAGCAGGUUGCUCUCUUUUUAUCUGAGCAUUGUGCCGGCUCGCUUAAGUUCCGCUGUGCACAUGAGAACAAAUCACAAGCGUCUGUUUUCAUCCUUUAUUUUUGCUUUUUAUGUUUUGUAACCUAAGUUGUGUUGGAAAUUGUUGAACCUUGCAGUAAAUUCUGGCUUUGAACAAAGUCGCAUUAAAAUUAAAAGAAGA